AUAAUGGCUUCAAUCACAUGGCAAGUUCUAAUAGUUGCAAUUCCUGCUACGCUAGCAUCAAAAUACGUUCAGGGAUAUUAUCAAGCCUCUGCAAGAGAAAUAAUAAGGAUCAAUGGAACAACCAAAGCACCAGUGAUGAAUUUUGCAGCUGAGACAUCACUUGGAAUGGUUACUGUUAGAGCAUUCAACAUGGUGGAUAGAUUUGUCAAGAACUACCUAAAACAUGUGGACACAGAUGCAUCACUAUUCUUUCAUUCUAAUGUGACCAUGGAACGGUUGAUUCUAAGGAUUGAAACACUUCAAAACUUGACAGUCUUCACUGCAGCCUUGUUACUUAUUCUAGUUCCUAUGGAUUAUGUGUUCCAAGGUAAUACUAAUGUUACAUAAUAAAUAAAACAGUUAUCAUGGUUUAUCAAUUCGAUAGUUUUCGUUGAUCAAAGAGAAUAACUAACAAGCUAAUACUGGAUUGAUAAUGUUGGAUGGUAUGUGCAGGGCUUGUGGGACUUUCACUUUCUUAUGCAUUCACAUUGACACAAGCACAAAUAUUUUGGACAAGAUGGUUUUGCAACUUAUCAAACUAUGUUAUCUCUUUGAAAGAAUCAAACAA